ACAGCGGAGCGAUGCUCUGCCACUUCUCAGAAUGGUGCUAGGUCUCGCAAAUUGCGCAGUCAGUUGACUACAUUUAUUUAUUUUUUUACACCAUUUCAGCAGCUCAAAAGAUUUGAGGCUGAUCCAAAAUCAAAAAGCCAGGUCUUGGUGACAUCCCUGGAGGAGAGGGGGUGUGGCUCAUUCAUUGCAGUGCUAUAUCAUCACCAAAGAUCAUUCGCUGUCUGCCAGUCUGAUCAAUCAGGACACAGGAUUAUAAUCUGCAAAGGCUUCAGUCUGCUGAAUGGUCUGCGUUCAUCUCAAAAUGGCUGUUGGGAUUGUCUUAGCUGUUCUGCUGUAUGUUAUUUCAGUAGUUUCAUCAACACACCCAAAGGAGCAAACCGUCGUUGGAAUCAUCGGACAGCCCGUCCUUCUGCCCUGUGACCGCUCCACAUUGGCAACUCCCAACUACCCAACAAGAACCAGAAUAUAUUGGCAAGAUUUAACCCCCAGAGUGCUGCAUGUUUUCAAAGAUGGAAACGAGGAGUAUGUACACCAAAACCUUUGGUACAAAAACAGGACAACAAUUAACACAGAUCAGUUGGCUUCUGGAAAUCUGUCACUCCUGCUCAACCCAGUUAAUGUCCGAGACAAUCUCCUGACCUGCGACGUUAUUCUAAUAAUCAAUGACGUAAAUUCUCAAGAGUGCCAAAUCACUGUCAAUGUAGCAGCAAGUUACCAAAAGCCCACAUUAAACUUCUCAGACAUGACGCUUGUGUGCACCACCCACGGAGGCUUCCCUGAACACCAGGUGACAUGGAGGACCCAUAACCGUACUCUGGAGCGUCACGAGGCUGUCACCAAGACUACCCAGGAUCCUGGAACAGGAACCUACAACAUCAGCAGCCGAGUGAAUGUGACAGAGGGACAGAAUAUAACCUGCAGUAUCUACAACCCCAUCCUCAAUGAGACCCAGAGUAACUUUAUCGUCAUACCAGCCUCCAAAGAGGAAAACCAUUUACCGAAAUGGAUCCUGGCGGCAUUUUGUUCAUUGUUCGUGUUGACUGCCAUCAUUCUCUGUGUAAAAUACCCCAACCUCAGGAAGCCAUGGAGGAAGAUGAUCCAUUGCUGUCCUGAACCUGAACCUGAAAACACUGCACAAGAAGCAGAAAUUGCAGAAUUGAAUCCACAACAGUAGAAAUCAAGUCCCAAGCUUCUCCAGUGGUGAGGAAGACAAGUUACUGCGUUGCUGGUCCAUACGGCUGGGCAACAUGAGGACAUUGGUACUGCCAAAAUACUGAGAGCUAUACUGCUACCAGUAAUCUUGCAUGGAAGCUGAUAUGUGAUGCUAGUGAUCUAUGUCCAAUAUCCAGUGUUUAGGUCCAGGUGUUUAUAAAAAAAUAAUUGACUUAACGUAAGGGGAGAUCAAAUUGAGACGCUAAGAUAUAUGAAACACUUGAAGAAAAGAACCCGGACACAGAUACAACUGUAGACACAAAAGGUGUUGUUGGACAGUGAACCGGUCACUGAACCUGCAUGUGUUGCGUUAUAAUGAAAGUGGUUUUGUCAUAAUGUGUUUUAGUAUUGUCUAUGUGUCCCAACAUAUCACAGACACACAGACAAUGACAAUGACGGAAGAAACAAUCAAACCUCAUUCAAACUUAGACAGGUAUGGAUAGAGAUCACAGGUGGUUGGUGGCACCUUCAUUGGGGAGGACGGCCUCGUGGUAAUGGCCGGAGCGAAAUCAUUGGAACGGUAUCAAAUACAUCAAACAUAUGGUUUGAUGCCAUUUCAUUCGCUCCGUUCCAGACGUCAUUAUGAGCCGUCCUCCCCUCAACAGCCUCCACUGAUAGAGAUUCAGGUUCUUUCUGUAUCUAACUUGCAGGUCUGCCGUUCAUCGCGGUAGUGAAUGUCUUGUCUCACUGUAUUUUAUGGCUGAGUGAAUGUCAUGUCUGACUGUAUUUUUAUGGCUGAGUGAAUGUCUUGUCUGACUGUAUUUUUAUGGCUGAGUGAAUGUCAUGUCUCAUUGAUGGAAGAUGUUACAGUGCCUAUAGAAAGUUGACACUCCCCUAUGAAUUUUUUUUCACAUUCCGUUGCUUUACAAAGCCUGCUCGCCUCUACAGGAUUGGUGGGUCCCCCUCGGAGACGGUUGAGCUAACGUAGGCUAGUGUGAUUAGCAUGAGGUUGUAAGUAACAAGAACAUUUCCCAGGACAUAUCUGAUAUGGGCAGAAAGGUUAAAUUCUUGUUUAAUCUAACUGCACUGUCGAAUUACAAAGCCUGCUAGCUAAAAACGUUAACUCACAAUGACAGAUAAACGAUUAUAGAAUAUAACUGUGAACUACAGAGCGUGGGUCGCUUGGGGGUUACCCUACGGUAGCCCCAGUUAGAUCAGGCUACUCAACGUGUUUUAUAGAGUUUUUAUUUGUUUUGUCUUUUUUUUUUUUUUUUUUUUUUUUUUGGAGGGGUUUACAGGAACAAUAUAUAUUUCAAUGAAUAUGUUCUGUGUAUAACAUGUACCUGUGGGCUGUCAACCAAAAGAAAAACUGAAGUAAGAAAUACAUACAGAGAAAUGAUCAUAUUGAUCAAGAAAAUAUUUUGUAGAAGUAUAAUUCAUAUGUAAAUAAACAACCUGCAACCCUGCAUACCUAUUUCUGCCCAUUCCACUUAUCUCCUAAGCCCCUCCCCCCUCUACUAGCCCCCUGAACAUCCAAGGUUGCUUGUCAACUGAGGAUGUUUUUACACUCCCCUUCCCCCAGAGAACACCCUUGCCACACCACCCCUUCCACACACACCCUUCCACAUGGGCCUGAAAGCAAAGAUAGUUUCAUGCUGAAUAGCCACCACUAGUCAGCCCCCCAAUUGCUACAGUUGAUAUGUUUUAUUUAAAUUAUUACUUGUAUUGUUUUUGUGGCAGGUAGCCUAGUGAUCAGAGCAGUGGCUCAAAUCCCCAAGCUGACAAGGUGAAAACUGUCGUUCUACCCCUGAACAAGUUCACAGUUCCUAGGCCGUCAUUGAAAAUAUGAAUUUGUUCUUAACUGACUUGCCUAGUAAAAUGAAUUGUUCGAGGUCUGAGUUUAAUAUUUAAACUGUACCCUGUAAUUACAUCUGCAAAUCUGAACAUCUGAUUAAUAAACUUAGAUAUUUUUA